CGCCCGUAUCUCUAUUGCCAAGGUAAGCAAUCUUCCCCUUCCCCUUCAUUUUGAGCACGACUGAACAUAGCUGAUCGCGUGAACCAUAGGCACCUCACGAUGAGACUGGUGAGCGCAUGUUUACCAUCAUGGGCACCGCCAAGGCCAACGAGUCGGCGCUGUUCCUCCUGUACGAGAAUUUGGAGGCGGAGAAGAUGCGCCGAAGUCAGCUCCAGGAGCCCGAGUAGGCGACUGAUGUUUUUGAAACCCCUUUGAGUUUUGCUUUUCUCGUGUUCCUUGCGACUUGCAGAGGUCAGUUCUGGCAAGAUGAGCUGGGACACGUCCAGAUCUGACUUGCCGCGAGGCUUGUAUUUUCAUUUUCGGACGAUACCAGACGACAGCGUCACGAGCGACCAAUCCACUUGUCCAACAUUUGACCCCAUCCGCCCAAAAACGAAACCUUUCAUCAUCAGUCAUCGUCAUCAAAUUCGUUUUCCUUUCAUGAUUCUUCCCCCUCUCGUUACCAUUGCUACGCUACAGCACCACAGUCAGGGGUCAACUUGGGUUGAUCUCGGCUCAUACCUUACUUGUCCCCUGGUUGCCUCCUCUGAAUCAAUCACCCUCUUUGUGGCGCGAUAUAUCGGUAUCCAACUCUAUAGCAUAUCAUCUGUAUCAGUUUGCUCAACCGACUUCUUGGCGAAAAGUAAUUUGCCUUUUUGGGAGGAAACGGUUUCGUGGUUCGGUGCAGCAACGCAUGGUACAGUUUUCUUUUUACGACUGUUAAACCACGUCGGGACAGCCUGACAUGGCUAUGGCUUAAUGACACAACACUACCCCCGAAGAGCGGUUAACGAUAGGGAUAGCGCAACAUUCCAAGGACCGAGAAGGGCACAUCACGGUUCCUCAAAACAAUCUCUACCCACGCUUCGCGUCACCUUCCCCCUCUCUUUCACCUCGCACAACUGUUUCUAUCUCUUACAACCUCGGAUCCCGACAUCGUCACGCGACCCGCGACUCCCGUCUUAUCGCUCACAUAAUUCCCAUCACUCAUCGCUCUCACACACCCCGUGACAUCAACUAUACUGGCUCACCCAUUGUGUAUUUUGCUCCUCGCUGACCCGUUUCCACGACAAGGUGACUCUUUAUUCCAUGUGGGAUUUUAGAAAAGGCAGUCUUAGGUGGAACGUACUUAGCACGGACUCAAGAGCCAUCAAAUAAAAUCGAAAUUAUGAGC